AUGUACCUUUCCAUCUGUUGCUGUUUCCUCCUAUGGGCUCCUGCCCUGACACUCAAAAACCUGAACUACUCCGUGCCGGAGGAGCAAGGGGCCGGCACGGUGAUCGGCAACAUCGGCAAAGAUGCUCGACUGCAGCCGGGGCUUCCGCCCGCAGAGAGAGGCGGCGGUGGUGGCGGGCGAAGCAAGACCAGCAGCUAUCGGGUGCUGGAGAACUCGGCGCCGCACUUGCUGGACGUGGAAGCGGACAGCGGGCUCCUCUACACCAAGCAGCGCAUAGACCGCGAGUCUCUGUGCCGCCACAACGCCAAGUGCCAGCUGUCCCUCGAGGUGUUCGCCAAUGACAAGGAGAUCUGUAUGAUCAAGGUAGAGAUCCAGGACAUCAACGACAACGCUCCCUCCUUCCCCUCGGACCAGAUUGAGAUGGACAUCUCAGAGAACGCGGCCCCGGGCACCCGCUUCCCUCUCACCAGUGCGCACGACCCCGACGCCGGCGAGAACGGGCUCCGCACCUACCUGCUGACGCGCGACGACCACGGCCUGUUCGCGCUGGACGUCAAGUCCCGCGGCGACGGCUCCAAGUUCCCAGAGCUGGUCAUCCAAAAGGCACUAGACCGCGAGCAGCAGAACCAUCACACGCUGGUGCUGACCGCCCUGGACGGCGGCGAGCCGCCGCGCUCCGCCACAGUGCAGAUCAACGUGAAGGUGAUUGACUCCAACGACAACAGCCCCGUCUUCGAGGCGCCCUCCUACCUGGUGGAGCUGCCCGAAAACGCCCCGCUGGGCACAGUGGUCAUUGAUCUGAACGCCACCGACGCCGACGAGGGUCCCAACGGCGAAGUUCUCUACUCUUUCAGCAGCUACGUGCCCGACCGCGUGCGGGAGCUCUUCUCCAUCGACCCCAAGACCGGCCUGAUCCGGGUCAAGGGCAACCUGGACUAUGAGGAGAACGGGAUGCUGGAGAUCGACGUGCAGGCCCGAGACCUGGGUCCCAACCCCAUCCCGGCCCACUGCAAGGUCACGGUCAAGCUCAUCGACCGCAAUGACAACGCGCCGUCCAUCGGUUUCGUCUCCGUGCGCCAGGGGGCGCUGAGCGAGGCGGCCCCGCCCGGCACCGUCAUCGCCCUGGUGCGGGUCACCGACCGAGACUCGGGCAAGAACGGGCAGCUGCAGUGCAGGGUCCUGGGAGGAGGCGGGCCGGGCGGCGGCGGCGGCCUGGGCGGCCCGGGAGGCUCCGUGCCCUUCAAGCUGGAGGAGAACUACGACAACUUCUUCACGGUGGUGACCGACCGCCCGCUGGACCGCGAGACCCAGGACGAGUACAACGUGACGAUCGUGGCGCGAGACGGCGGUUCGCCUCCACUCAACUCCACCAAGUCGUUCGCCGUCAAGAUUCUGGACGAGAAUGACAACCCUCCUCGCUUCACGAAGGGGCUCUACGUGCUGCAGGUGCACGAAAACAACAUCCCGGGAGAGUAUCUGGGCUCGGUGCUGGCCCAGGACCCCGACCUGGGCCAAAACGGCACGGUGUCCUAUUCCAUCCUGCCCUCGCACAUCGGCGACGUGUCCAUCUACACCUACGUGUCCGUGAACCCCACCAACGGGGCCAUUUACGCCCUGCGCUCCUUUAACUAUGAGCAGACCAAGGCGUUUGAGUUCAAGGUGCUUGCUAAGGACUCCGGAGCGCCCGCGCACUUGGAGAGCAACGCCACGGUGAGGGUGACGGUGCUAGACGUGAAUGACAACGCUCCGGUGAUCGUCCUGCCCACGCUGCAGAACGACACGGCCGAGCUGCAGGUGCCGCGCAAUGCCGGCCUGGGCUACCUGGUGAGCACCGUGCGCGCCCUCGACAGCGACUUCGGCGAGAGCGGGCGCCUCACCUACGAGAUCGUGGACGGGAACGACGACCACCUGUUUGAAAUCGACCCAUCCAGCGGCGAGAUCCGCACGCUGCACCCCUUCUGGGAAGACGUGACGCCAGUGGUGGAGCUGGUCGUGAAGGUGACGGACCACGGCAAGCCCACCCUGUCCGCGGUGGCCAAGCUCAUCAUCCGCUCGGUGAGCGGCUCCUUGCCCGAGGGCGUUCCUCGGGUGAACGGCGAGCAGCGCCACUGGGACAUGUCGCUGCCGCUCAUCGUGACCCUGAGCACCAUCUCCAUCAUCCUCCUAGCGGCCAUGAUCACCAUCGCUGUCAAGUGCAAGCGCGAAAACAAGGAGAUUCGCACUUACAACUGCCGCAUCGCCGAGUACAGCCACCCGCAGCUGGGCGGGAGCAAGGGCAAGAAGAAGAAGAUCAACAAAAACGAUAUCAUGCUGGUGCAGAGCGAGGUGGAGGAGAGGAACGCCAUGAACGUCAUGAAUGUGGUGAGCAGCCCCUCCCUGGCCACCUCCCCCAUGUACUUCGACUACCAGACGCGCCUGCCGCUCAGCUCGCCGCGGUCCGAGGUGAUGUAUCUCAAACCGGCCUCCAACAACCUGACUGUUCCCCAGGGCCACGCGGGCUGCCACACCAGCUUCACCGGGCAAGGGACUAAUGCGAGCGAGACCCCAGCCACGCGGAUGUCCAUAAUUCAGACAGACAAUUUUCCCGCAGAGCCCAAUUACAUGGGCAGCAGGCAGCAGUUUGUUCAAAGUAGCUCCACGUUUAAGGACCCAGAAAGAGCCAGCCUGAGAGACAGUGGGCACGGGGACAGUGAUCAGGCUGACAGUGACCAAGACACUAACAAAGGCUCCUGCUGUGACAUGUCUGUUAGGGAGGCGCUCAAGAUGAAAACGACUUCAACUAAAAGCCAACCACUUGAACAAGAACCGGAAGAGUGUGUUAAUUGCACAGAUGAAUGCCGAGUGCUUGGUCAUUCUGACAGGUGCUGGAUGCCACAGUUCCCUGCAACCAAUCAGGCUGAAAAUGCAGAUUACCGCACAAAUCUCUUUGUACCCACAGUUGAAGCGAAUGUUGAGACCGAGACUUAUGAAACUGUGAAUCCCACUGGGAAAAAGACUUUUUGUACAUUUGGAAAAGACAAGCGAGAGCACACGAUUCUCAUUGCCAAUGUGAAACCUUAUUUAAAAGCCAAACGUGCCCUGAGCCCUCUCCUCCAAGAGGUCCCUUCAGCAUCAAGCAGCCCGACCAAGGCGUGCAUCGAGCCUUGCACUUCCACAAAAGGCUCCCUGGAUGGUUGCGAAGCAAAGCCAGGAGCCCUGGCCGAGGCGAGCGGCCAGUACUUGCCCACUGACAGUCAGUAUCUGUCCCCCAGCAAGCAACCAAGAGACCCUCCCUUCCUGGCCUCUGAGCAGAUGGCAAGAGUCUUCGCAGACGUGCAUUCGAGAGCCAGCCGGGAUUCCAGCGAGAUGGGCACCGUCCUGGAGCAACUUGACCACCCCGGCCAGGAUCUGGGCAGAGAGUCGGUGGAUGCAGAGGAGGUCGUGAGGGAAAUCGACAAGCUUCUGCAGGACUGCAGGGGAAAUGACCCUGUGGCUGUGAGGAAGUGA